GCCAGCAGUCAGCACAGUUCGUUAACAGUCCUAGUCGUGGUUCUAGGAGGUUCAACCAGCGUCCAGCGACCAGUGCUUGUGUCGUGCCGUGUGUAGUUAGUUUUCCGCUCAUCCCCAGUGCAUCCCCCGAAACUCCUUUUCGAAGCUCAGCCGUGUGAUCUAAACUAAAAUGAAGCCAUUCUUUAUUGCCGCCGCACUGCUGGUCUCGACGGUGUCCGCCUCGUGGCACGGAGCCGUCUCCACACAGUACCAGCACCUGGACCCGCACAGCCACACCUACUCCUACGGCUACGCCGAUCCCAACUCGCAGAAGCACGAGUCGCGCGGCCAUGACGGCACCACGCACGGCUCCUACUCGUACGUGGAUGGCCAUGGUCACGUGCAGUCGGUGUCCUACACCGCGGAUCCGCAUCACGGCUUCAAUGCCGUGGGCACCAACCUGCCGCAGGCCCCCCAUGCCCACGCCGCCCCCGUUUACGCUGCCGCCCACUCGCACGGCGCCUAUGUGCCCUACGCCCAUGGCCACGCCCACGGACCCAUCCACAUCCCGGUGCUGACCCACGGCGGAGUGCCCGUCGACACCCCGGAGGUGCAGCACGCCAAGGCCGCCCAUGCCGCCGCCCACGCCGCCGCCGCCCACAAUGCCGGCGGACACGGACACCACCUGUACAAGCGAUCGAUCUACGGCGGAGGAUGGGCCUACGGCCAGGCCGCCCACGUGCCGCUGACCCACGGAGGCGUGCCCGUCGACACGCCCGACGUGCAGGCCGCCAAGGCCGAGCACUAUGCCGCCCACGCCAAGGCCCUGGGUCAGGUGGCCCAUGCCCACGGAGGCGCCGUUGAGACGCCCGAGGUGCAGCACGCCAAGGCCGCCCACUUCGCCGCCCAUGCUGCCGCCCGCUCCGGACACGGACACGCCAUUGCCCCGAUCGCCCACGGUGGCUACCAUGUGCCCGUAAUCCACAACGGAGUGCCCAUCGAUACGCCCGAGGUGCAGCACGCCAAGGCCGCCCACUACGCCGCCCUGUCGCAGGCCUCAGCCCACGGAGGAGCCUCCCACGGAUCGUCCUGGGACGACGGCCACUACGACGGACGCUGGGAGCAGAGCCACAGCAGCAGCAGCAGCCACGGCGGCUACGCCACCGGCUACGCGCACAAGGGACCCAUCCACAUUCCGGUCAUCCACAACGGAGUGCCCGUGGAGCCCGCCGAGGUGCAGCACGCCCGUGCCGCGCAUCUGAAUGCGGUGGCUGCCGCCGGACACGGAGGAGCCGUCGGCCAUGGUGGCUACUACGGCGGAAACGGACACGAGGAUGAUGGCCAAUACCAUGCGCACUACGACCACUACUAAGGCCAGGGGUCGGCUUCACUUCCGAUCGACGACGAGCAUCUCUAUACACUCUGCCUAACCGAUUACCGACUGCCAACGUUGCGUAUGCGUAACGUUGCAUUGCGCAUACGCACGCAAGCGCGACUUUAAAACAGCAUUCCCACUUCUCCAUCUAUCUGUCCUAUAACUAUGACUAUCUUUCACACUCAAGCCACCAACGAACACACGGAACAGUACGGAAAAGCGACUACACACGGGAGAUUGAGGCCAUUCGGAAGAUGGCUUCAUUGCCCGCUGGUUUUCGAUCGAUUUGCCUUCAAGUCCAGGUCACAGCACACACACCUCUAUGAACUAGCCUUUCUCUUCCCCUUUUCCAACACGAUCUAUGUUCUUCUAUUACUUCCAUUGAGAAACGCUGUAUGAGUAUGUUGUAAAUAACUGUUGUAAUCUUUAUGUAUCUGACCAGAUAUAAAUCUAUAUUUUAUAUGAAACUGCAAACAGACAAAUAAACUGCAAAAAUGUAUUUGAUCACA